AUGAGCAUAGCAUCGGAGCGUCUUGUUAUCAUGAAGGGCACCUCGAUCCCAGCAUCCUUAGUUGCUUGCAAUGCCAUUGACGGUGACAACGGAACUGCAGCAAUGCUUCACGAAAGCGGUUGCUCGUCCUCAGAGGAGAUGACGAGCGUAUCGACCCCUCCUACUGAUCGUGGCGAUACAUCAACCGAUGAUGGCAACAUCGAUGACGAUGCAAGCAAAGAUGCUACUAGACGCAUUCUCCAAGAACUUAUUCAUGUUCAAAUUGCAACUGCCAUAUAUAAUUGCAUCACCCAAGGCCACGGAUGUACUGAUAUACGCCUUGGGUGGGAUAACGAAAUAGCACGCUGGUCCUGCUGGUCUGAGGUCACCUACGUUAUUUGCCACGAGACUUUUCCAACUUUUCUCUUGUCGUUAGUGGAAGAAGCUAUGAGAAAAGCAAUUAGUAUGUGGAAAGGUAUAGGCGUGAGCUUUAAGCAAGUUCAACGCAACGAUCAAGCCACAUUCGCCGUCCUAUACAGUGACCGCAAAAGACGUGCUUAUGCUUCCGCUUUCUUCCCGAACGAACAGUCGCGCAAAUUGUUCAUCUACGAGUCGGGCCUCCUCAAAGCAAGCUACCUGGCUAAUAUCUUGGCCCAUGAGAUUGGGCAUAUUCUUGGCCUUCGACAUGAGUAUACCGAUGCCUAUCCCGAUACCGAUGAUGAGGAAAAGAACUAUCCCUCUGUCUGCUUCGGAAGCAAAAAUGAUCAGUCAGUUAUGGUCCCAAAAAAUCCGGAACAACUUCAAGUCCACGAAAAAGAUCUCGAAGAACUGCGAUCUUUUUAUUCUUACGAUCGAGAAGAGUAUAAGGGGCUACCUAUACGUGAGAUCGAUCCAACACUACACGCAUGCAGGUUUAGCAAUGAUAGCAGGGCUAGCGAUGCGACGAGCAAACUAAGCCGCCGGUCUUCUUUCUAA